CACGCAAUCUCAGGAGCCAACUCUUAUAUUUCACCAUUUACUUCACGUUGUCUUGAAUCAUUGAAAGCUGAAACUUAAAACAACGUAAACGUAUGUAUGUGGUUAUUGUACAUACAUACAUACAUAACAAACCUACAUUCAUACACAUUUCUCCUCUUUCACUUCAUCACUUGCCUUUUGAUUUCAUGAAUUCUAGCGAAAUGGAACCUCGAAUCAAUCACCUUCAGAUUGAAUCUCAGGUCCAUGAGUUGCUUGAUUAUCCGGUUUGUACAAAUCAGAUUACUUCUACAAUCUACCAGUGUUCCAAUGACUACACCGGAGAGGUCAACAAUGAUAAGGAAAAACCGUAUAAUUGUCCCUACUCUGGAUCCAAGUGUACAGCCACAGGAGAUAUUCGGUGGCUGCUUCAGCAUCUAAGGAAUGAUCAUCAUGUUGAAAUGCAUGAUGGGAGAAGUUUCAGUCAUCGAUAUGUCCAUCAUAAUCCUAAACAUCUUCAUCAUGCUACUUGGAUGUUAACUCUUCUGGAUUGUUACGGUCGACAAUUCUGCUUAUACUUUGAAGCAUUCCACCUUAAGAAGACGCCCAUGUACAUAGCUUACAUGCAGUUUAUGGGAGAUGAAGAGGAAGCAACAAGCUUCAGCUACACUUUGGAGAUCAGUGGCCAUGGCAGAAAGAUGACAUGGCAGGGAGUGCCUAGAAGCAUUCGAGACAGUCACAAAACCGUUCGUGACAGCCAAGACGGCUUGAUCAUCACUCGCAAGUUGGCUAUGUUCUUCUCUGCCGAUAAUACCAACAGCAAGGAACUGAAGUUGAAGAUUUCAGGUCGUAUAUGGAGAGAACAUUGAAGAAUACAGUCUAUUUUUGUUGUGAAUCCUUGUAAUAGUAUAUAUUAUACUUGCAACAAAAUAACCUCUUAAUACAAAAAAAAUAAAUAGCAGUUUAAUGUCUACUUAAAUAAGUGAUUAUGCCCUCACUACUUCAUAAUUGAAGCUUCUUACUCUCUUCUUACAGCUUUAAGAUACAGUUCGGCCAUAGCUUAAUGAAGCAAGG